CACAGUGGGCCGGUUGAGCCUUCCUUCGUUCGAUUCAGGCAGGCUCUCUAUUCAUUUUACAUGUAGCAAGCCGGCAGUGAAACCGCCAAAAAUAUCUCACAUGCGUCGCACAGAGGAUGUUGGGAUAGACUCACGUGACGAUUGCAGGGUUGCGGGCAGUUCAGACAUGGGAAGUGAGCAUUACUGCCUGAGGUGGAACAAUCAUCAGAGCAACUUGCUGGGUGUGUUCAGUCAACUACUGGAGUCAGAAUCACUGGUGGACGUGACGCUGGCGUGCACGGAGGGACCGUCAAUACGUGCGCACAAAGUAGUCCUCUCCGCGUGCUCCAGCUAUUUUCAAGCUUUGUUCCUUGAUCACCCUAAUCGCCACCCCAUCGUCAUCCUAAAGGACGUCCGCUUCUCUGAGCUGCGCACUCUCGUCGACUUCAUGUACAAAGGAGAAGUGAACGUCGAGUACUGCCAGCUUUCAGCUCUUCUUAAAACUGCUGAGAGCCUUAAAGUCAAAGGUCUUGCAGAUAUGACCAACAUUAACGCAGCAGUGGCGUCCAAAGAUGAUCAACAGCAUCUCAACUCUGAGAGUCUCAGAGAAACACGAGGGGAAACACGUGAAAGAGACAAAGACAGAGACAAAGAACGUGAGAAAGAAAUACCUAAAACAGAGCCUGAUCUUCAACAUCAGCAACAACAACCACAGCAACAGCAACAGAGAGAUCAGCAACAAAGAGACGUACAACAGCAACAAUCAUCUCAACAAACGUCUCAAAUAGCAAAUAAUGAAAGCUCGGAAGCGGUUGACAUGACCGAGUGUCCGACAUCUCCUUCAAGAGCCAGCAGUCCAUGUCCUGGUCCACUUGCACUCGACAGACCUAGGAGAGAUUCUGAAGAUGCUGUGAGCUUAGAAGAAACGAGAGGUUCCCUUAGUCCAAUUUCCGUACACAGUGGUCCUAGUGAUAUGAGUUUAACUAAUAACACUGGCACGCCAGGAGUGUUGCCAUUAAAUUUACCGCAGAGUCGACUUCCGUCCCCGCACAGUACCGAACCUUUGGCAGGACCAUCAGGACUACCUCCGGUUCAGCAAGUUCCACUUUCCUUGAAAAAAGAAGUGGACUGGGAAAGGUCGACUGAGGAACGUUGUGCAAGCAGUGAAAUGUCGGCAGAUUAUAGACUCCCACCAGACCCGGUGAGUCUUUAUUCGAUGUCAUUGGCCUUAGGCUUGGAAGCAGGUGGUUGGGGUGCACUGGUGGAACGUUCGGGUGGCAGUGUAAGUCCACUUCUACCCCAUGGUCCUGGUAGUUUUGCCGGCUUGGCUUCUUUAGUUCGUCGCUGUGGUGUUUGUUUAGCAACUUUUCCUUCAGCUUGGCUUCUGGAAAGACAUGCUCUCCUUCAGCAUGCUGGUCAACCAAACGACGACAAACCCUUCACCUGUGAGCAGUGUGGACAACGAUACCGCUACCGAUCAGCUUAUGUUAAGCAUCGAGAGCAGAAUCAUCGAGCACGUCUUCCAGCAGACAAACUCUUCACCUGCGAUGUAUGCGGAAUGCAAUUCAGGUACCUCAAGUCUUUUAAAAAACACAGGUUGAAUCAUGCUUUAGAGCGGCUUCAACGAGUACCAGAACACCGGAAUCUUUCAACAGCAGAAAGAAGCGAUCAAGUAUCUAGUACUGGAGAACCAUCGCAAUUGGAAACUGGAAGUGAUACAGCCAGUCCGAUGGAUGAUCAAGACGAGUCAGCUAGAGAUAUAGUAGAAAGUAUCAGCAAGAAAGAGCCACCAGAAACGGCUAGUGGUCAAGAGGGUCAGGAUGCUAAUGAUCAAGCUAACGAUCGCAAUAAUGGAUCUCGAGGUAUUCGUAGUACUGCUGAAGUUGAUGAAGGUCAUGAUCAAGCAAUUGACGAUGAUCGACAUGAGACAACAACAGAAAGAGUCAUAGCCGAAAUAGUUAGAAAUCAUGACUCUGAUCGUCGAGAAAGACGUUUUGCUUGUCCGUUUUGUGGCAAAUGCGUUCGAUCUAAAGAAAACUUGAAACUACAUGUUCGCAAACACACUGGAGAACGACCAUUCGUUUGUCUUUUUUGUGGACGAGCCUUCGGGGGUAAAAGUGACCUCACACGACACCUGCGUAUUCAUACUGGUGAACGACCUUACCACUGCGAAAUGUGCGGCAAAUGUUUUGCACGUGCCGACUACCUCUCUAAACACCUUACUACACACAUUCAUCAACGGUAAAUUUUCCUUAAUCAGGGAUCUUCUGUAGGAACUACAUAAUAAAAAAUUAGGAUUCGUUUCACAGUGCAUUUUUACUGAAAAAUAAAUACAGUAAUUUUUGCACUUUGACUACGUAGCUACUAUCUGAAACUCUACAGAGUAGUAAAGCUUUUAAAAAAGUUUCACAUUCUUUAGGAACUUUUUUAAAGUAUAAAACACGUCGAGAUAUUCUGUUUACGCUUUUAUUUCAACAGUUUUAGUUGUUUUCACGUAAACCUGAAUAUUAUAAGGAGGAUAUUAUUUUUUUUUAUCUGUUGAAAAUAAUAAUUAUAAAAAUAAAAAUAAGUGGAGUCAUUAAUACAAUAUAUGCUUAUAUUAUACAUACAAUCACAGGCCCAUUACGACGUGUCAAUUACCAAAGAAAAUGGAAUCAUUAACUUGAUAAGAUGAAUUAUAAGUCAUAGAAGAAGGGUAUUUAAGUCAGAAGUACUUAAUGAAAUAAUUAAAUCAUCUCAAAUGGAUUUAAAUCAGGCGCAUGUCGGAAAACGACUAUAAUGAAACAUUAUGUUAGUGAGAAUAAUUUGUGAUAAGGAUUUAAAAUACCAAAGAAUGCGCGUGACGAUAGCGACAAAGAAAAAGUAAUUGUCAAAUAUGAAAGAUUAUUUUAAAAAAAUAUCAUUAUUUAUUAGCAAUAUUAUUAUAAUUGUUGUUAAAUUAUUUUUGUUGAAUUACUUUUUCAAUUGGAAAUCGUGUUAUUAUUGUUUGUUAUUACCAGUGAUAUACAAUAACGUAUAAUAAUUCAAAAUAUAAAUAAAUAAGAUAAUAAAAAAUAGAAUAAAAACCUUUACAAUAUUAUGCUAUUUAAUAAUGGAAUUAUAUGUGACGCCAAUUCGUUAUAUCAUAAGUGAUAAUUUCUUACAUGAGUUCUAAAUAUCAUGGACUUGCUAAAAACGCGCAAUUAGGUAAAACAUAAAAAAUAAGUCGCAAAAAACGGAUGAUACGAUGAGUGGAUGGAAUAGAUUGAUGCUCGAAAUGCAAAAAAAAAGCUUAGCUAGAUACAAAAUAAUAUUAAAGCUACAGGAAACAAAAAGGGAAAACAAAAUAAGGAAGAGCAGAUAGGAAAAAAAAAAAAAUAAGCAACGGUGGAAGAAAAGAAAAUUUAAUCCGAUGCGUCUUUCCUGACAGCAUGCCGGUGCCUUUAAAUCCUAAAUCCUUUUACGUGAAUAGCAAUAAUUUUUUUCUCUCGUUCAUUUUCACAUUUACACAGAUACACUCGUCGCUAUCGUAAUACAAAACAUUUUUAAUUAAAUUAAAAAAAAAAAAACAAAAAUUGGAAGAAUAAAAACUAAGAAAUGGAAAAUAAAAUUUUCACUUAGUCAUCAUCAAGAGUCAGAAAAAAAAUUUUAAAUAAAAAAUAAAAAAAAUGAACAAAUUGUUUGUAAAUAGUAAUAUUAAAUGUAUGUGUACAAGCUCUUUUAAACGGCUUUACUUUGUCCAUUAACUCUGUCCGUACUAUUAAAAUACACCGGUUGGCAUAACAAUUAGACAUGGGACAAUUGAUUCAUUUAUAUUAUGAUGUCUUAUAUUAAAUUACUUAAUAUAUUAAUUAAUGUAAAUGUAUCAUUUCGUGGAGAAGGAUUGAUAUAAUAAUUUAUUCGUCAUCAUUCAGUGUCGAUUACGCACAAAAAUUUAUUGUUAACAAAAACGAGAGGAAAUAGUUAAAAUAUUUUUUAACAUUUUUUAAUGUCGAUACUAAUGUAUGUAUUUACCACAAUAUGAAUGAUAAUAAUAAUAAUAAUAAUAAUAAUGUAUUUAUAAAAAAUAAAUAUGUGUAUAAAUACAUUAUUAUUAUUAUUAAUAUUGAAAAUGUAAUUUCGAAAGUAAUGUACAAUCAUAAAUAUUUAAUUAAUCACAUGAUAUAACAUCUGCUAUGUCCGUCUCGUUUUGUUCAAGUGCCAAAAUAUUAAAUAAAUAAAUGCUUCAGUAAAAAAUAUAAUAUAUAGCAAGGAAAUAAUGAUUAAUAAAAUAUUGUAAUUUAUGAAAUUAUUUUUAAAAACGUUUUAAAUAUUUAUAAGGUUCAUCUUUGUAAGCACAUGGUGGAGUAUAAAAUUACUAAGGCCUAGAAUAUAAUGAAUCUUUUGUCACAUGUCUGAUCAAAUGCAUUAAAAUCGGUGAACGAAGUUGAUUAAAGGUGCUAAUAACCUAUUUAAUAAGCCUGAUCGUCCACAAGUUGAGUCUCAUGCCAACGAAAUAAAUUAAUUAAUCAAUUUAAAAACAAUUUUAUAUUUCGGUUGUGCCAAACGAUCAUAAGAAGCAUGCAAUAAAUAAGUAAGCGAUAAAAUCUAACCGAAAAAAAAAUCGUUCUUAGACCGAAAUAAAUUUAUUUUACUCCCUCCAAUUCUGAGACCAACUCAGUGCGACUCAGAGGCUAAAUUCUAGGUUAAUCCAUAAUUUCUUAAGAAUAUAGAAUUAAAGGAAUUGUAUUGAUAUUUUUAUCAAUACUAGUGAAUUAAUAAACUGUAAUUGAACCAUGAAAAAAAUUACAUAAACUAUUAAAUGCAAAAUAUUCCAUAACGCUUGUUAUAUUUGCUUUAAAACCGAUUUCUUCGAAAGAAAAUAUAAGAUUAUUUUGUAAAACAGUGAAAAAAAGUAUUAAAACUAUUCUUAUAAGUAAAAAUGCACUCACAAAAAUCGAUUAAAAUAUUUUAAAAUAAAAUUAACGUUAUACGACGUACAGUUGAAAAUAACAAAUAUUACUCAAUGAAUUUAUAAACGUAAUUUAUCUCUGAGCAAUUGAAUUUAAAACAAUCCCAACGAAAUCUAGUACAACGAUAUUUAAAAUAAACUGAAAUUGUAAUUCAAUACAAAUUUAAUUGAAUGACUUUGAUAAAACAACGAUGACAAUUACAACGGUUUUUGCUACAAAUAAUUCGCAAUAUGAUAUUAAAUGAAAUAAUUAAUGAAAAACUACUAUACCAAGCGUUAUGGAAUAAAUAAGCAGCUAAUGAAAAGAAAAUGCAACCUAUGGUGAAAAUAACAACUAUCUAUGCAACACCAAGUAACAUAUAAAUAUAUAUAUAAAUAUUAUAUAUAUAUUAAAAUUCUGAUAAUAUACGCGAAAAUACAUAAUGAUAUAUGACGAUAGUAGUAUAUAUGAAGAUAUAUUUAAUGAAUGUUCCUAUAUUUAUACUCUAAGUAUUUAUUAAGUGUACUAUAUCGAUAUUUAAUGGUGAUUUUAAAUUUUUACCAAAAAAAAAUUGAGUGUAUGUUUAGAUAUUAGUUAUUAUCUUCAAGUUACAUUUAUAACAACAAGGUGAGAAAGAGUUGAUUGGUUAGUAGGCGACAAAAUUGUACGGUUUAUCUAUGUGAAUGGAGGAUGUAGUUAGAAACAAAAAUGAAAACAGGAAGAAACGAUUUAAAGAGUAUAAUAUGUAAGCAGGUCGCAUGUGGCGGAGGCAAGGGUCUUCCUAUAUUGACUGAACGAUCAGAUGUGAUAUACGUGUAAGAAAUAUAAUAUAAUAAUAUAAUUAAUAUUAUUAUUUACCAUAAUCCUAACAAUAUACAUAAAUAAAUAUUUAAUUAUUAAUUAUAAGAUUCAUAUUAUUACUAUUAUUAUUAAUAUUAUUAUUAUUAUUAUUAUUAUUAUUAUUAUUAAUGAGUUAUGAUAUACAAAUAAUUAUACCUAUAUGAGUUUAUUGUGUAAUAAGUAGAUAGGCAAAUAUACAACAUUUUUAACUCGUUUAUCGAUGUUCCGAGGAUAUAGCUAUUAUGCUAAUAAAAAAUUAGAUAGCCAAAAUGGAUGAUUUCACAUGAUUAAAUGCUCGAUUCAAAAGGGACCGUGCGAAGUUAUGAACUUUUAUGACUAUAUUUUGAAUACAGAAUCGGUUUUAAACUAUAAAAAAAACCUACAAUCAGAUUAAUAAUGAUCUGUUGUAGGAAAUACACGUACAAAUUGAAAUAUUACCUCUAUAAAAAAGAAACUAUAAUAUUAUAUUACACAAUUAAUUAUUGCUAUUUUACUCAUAUAUGCUUCCAAUAUUUAUUUAUUGUUAUACUGAGAAUCAAGAGUUAAACUUGAUUAUGCGUCAUGUUAAACUUUAGUGAGUCAAGUAAAACAAUAGUGCCAAUUAUCAUUUAUUAUGAAUUCGCUAUGUCCCUUAAAAAAAAAAAAAAAAAUGAAAGAACAUCAGUAAAUAAAUAUAUGUAUAGUCAAGUAGUCCGAGAUUACGCAUUCAGUGUAAUAACAGUUUGCUCAAUCCUCGGUCUCCAUCAGUCUGUUCGUACGUAAAACGACUAUUUAGAUUACAAACAUUUAGAAACCAAUACCCAUGCUAGUAUUUGAUAGUAGUUUUUAGAAAUAAUCCCAGAUAAAUGUAGUUUCAUCAAAAAAAAAAUUCUCUUUUUUCAAUUAUUCUCGCGUCUCGGUGUCCUCGAUGUCUAUCCUAAUAAUUAUUAUGCAAAAAAAAAAAAAAACUUGAAAAGAGUUGAAUAAA